UUCCACUCUCGAAAGGUCAUCAGCAUGGCGCGAGAGGACGAGCGUGCGCGUAUCUUGGACAGUUUGGAGCAUACGGCCGUGCUCAUCAAGCAAAGCGAGGGGGAGGCGGAUGGCUACCAUGCAGCGUACUUCCUCCAAGAGAAAGAUGACGAAGACGUGUUGAACAGCUCCCACCUUUUCCUUCCGACGUCCACAGCGCACUGCAUGCGCUUGAGUGACCUGGGGAUUCAAAAGUGCGCCCAAAUCUUCCAUCGAUUUGACGACGAUCGCGAUGGAGUGUGGGGUUUCGUCGAGUUCAAGGCAUACGUGACCGUGCUGCGGGGAGCGCUGGCAGGAAGGGACCCAUUGCGAGUCAUCCUUCAACACGAAGAAGUGUGGAAUAUGUACAUGAGCGACUUGUACGAGACAGACAGCAACGGACACCUCACGCUUCGCGUACGUGGACUUCAUGAGCAUAGUACAGUAUGUCCAGUGACGAGUGAUGGAGGUAGGGAUUCUGCAUGUAUCGUGAAGCCACCGAAUCGAUCAAUAGUUUGGCAACCGACCUCAUUUGUUUGGGCAUGCAUUGGCUAUGGGAUGGUUUACAACGCCACAUUCACCUCCAGCGAUUGUUCGACUCGUACGACAUCCACCGCGCUGGAAAGGUGCCCAUCCAUCAACUGCCCUACCUUCUUGGCGAAAGCGGCGUUGUCACAUCUCAAACCCAAGUUCGUGUGUUUGUUUCGUACUUUGCGGCUCAGUGUUUCUUUCUUGUCCAAGGUGGACGCGUUGGUGCAUCAUGUGCAUGCUCAUUUUGCGUGCAUGGAUGCGAUUCUCCAGCGAAACCGCGCCAUCCGACUCUUUGGCUACAAGCAGCUGUCCCGUGUAAAUAGCUGUGACACUGACCACAUCUAUCGAGAUGCGUUCGUGGCCGUGCGCUUGUCGAUGUGGACCCCGUCGCCACCACCGCGAUGGCAGCAGGUGACCCAACGCAUCAAGCUGCGCACGUUUGGCUGGAUCCGCCGCGCAAAGUUGGCCACAACCAAGGUUGCCACGUGGAUUCAACGAGCGGCCUUGACAGGGCUGCUCAAUCUCACCUACUUGACUGGAAACGCCGACGACAACCACAGCGACCGCGGCGACUACGUACUCAAAGUGGACGUGGGCAAAGAUUUUGCCGCGCACGCCGAGCUCCAACUGUCGUACACGGCCGAUUGCGAUUCGUCUGCGACGCUGUACAACCUGGGAUACCGCGAAGACGGCGCCGAAUGUUUUGUGUACCUUGACUUUCUCACCAAGGCAGACAUCACCGACGUUGAACUGAACGAUACGAUUGCAGCCAUGUCUACUUUGCUCGACGUUGGCUUCCACGACCACCUCCAGUCGCUUCCAUGGUUUCACAAAGCCCUCGUGGUGUCGCCACCCAAAACCCAUGCCCACAGCGGCGGUGGCUCUGGGAUCGUCCGCGUCGUUAUCUUGCUCACGGACGCGCUGGAUCCGUUCAACCUGUUGCUGUUUCUUGGGUUUCCGCCAUCUCUCCAGUUCGACCACCUGCUCAGUCGACUUCGAUGGAACGCCAUGUUGAAUGUGUCUCUCCACGAUAUCUUCACCAACAAACGAUUCAAUGCCGCCAAGCACUUUGCCCUGCGAUCGGCGUUGAACGUGUGUGUCGGUCGGCAAGCCUGUGGCCAAACGGUGCAGCAAGCCUGUUGCCAAGCUAAAUACGAAUCGUCAGCUCGAGAUACCGAGGACGAGAUCAUUCGGCAGGAGCUGCGUCAGCACAGCCGCCACGUCACGGUCCCAACCCCCAACAAGCUCGACCCACGGGUAGCCCUGGCUUGGAAAGACCAGAGCCAACGAAACCAACGCGAGGGGGCUGGACGAUGGCACGAGUGGGCUGCCAACAUCGCCUCAUUUCUUAAACAUGCCAAGACCAUGAACGUCAAUGUGCACGUGGCUACGAUCGCCGACCUCAUUCACGGCGACUCGGUGCUGCACACGCUCUUCCAUCGAGACACUAUCAAGGACGUACGACCGACGAAAUAUGGUGAAGUCGAGAUAGUACACAUGAUCGGGUACUUGUGUAGGCCCUGCGCGUCUGUUUCACGACAGGUUCCCUUCAUGCAUUGUGGACCGAAUGGUCGACAUCGUUGGAGAACGAGCUCCACGAGAUGUUUCAAAGGACGUGUAGGGAUGUCCCGUCCACUGCUACAACUUGGUUUCGGCAAGAGCAUGCCCUACACAAGUCCCUCUUGCACGUUUACGACACGAUCACGUCCAACUUAAUUGGCCUCAACGUCGUCAAAGGCGAAGCUGGCACGAUUGGCAUGACGCUCUUGCUAGAGGGUUUCAACGUGUUGCCUCUGCUGCCCAAACUCCACACCACGCGCACGCAAGAUAAUGCUUAACUACAAAUCCAGUUUCGACUAUGCAUAUGUGCAACACUGUGAUACUACUCCUGUGCAGUCUACGGCUCGUCCCAGCUAGACAUGCUCAGGUGGUUGUCGCCUCUCGUACUUCGCUUCGUCGUGGGGCGUGGCGACGUCGAUUCCCCGCCCGAUGACUUGAAGCUAAUGGCA